ACCGACAACAUCGAUGUCAACUGUUGCUUCCGUCACUUGUUGUGGUCGCACGUCCCAUGUUGUCACCGACGCAAAAGACGAACAGCUGCCGGUAAAGAAUGCAUCAGAACGUGGUUACUGUCCGCUUCUCACGGCUUAAUUGCCACCGAAGGUAACCCUUUGAGCCAACGCACUGUAGCAUGUGGGGGUAUGCAUCUUCCCCGCGAGUGCAUAUACCGAACUGUGCGGGAUCUCUCGUCUCACAUACACCCACAUGAUAUUUGAGUUGUACACGUGCCUAUCCUUUUCUAAUCCCUGCUGUGCGACGUCAUAAUGUAACGUCGCUGUUGCCAAAACCAUGUGAGGAGCAUGCUUGUUCGUUCGCCGCCGCUGUCACCAAUCCCCUUCCCUUCUCAUCCCUUCGCCAUUAUUUCUCAUUGUUUCUACUAUCCAGUUCGAACUUGUCGGCCGUCUCUCUACCCACUUGCCGCUCCUGUGCUUUCCAUCUCCGGCGGAGGAAGCCAACCCACGUCCACCGCACAUGGCUAAUGGGAUCCAUAUCGAGAAGGCGCUGUCCAGCUGCCUCGGGUGCGGCGGAGCCGCCGGAGGCUGGAGCAAGCUGCUUCUCCUCGUUGCCCUCGUGACGUCGGCGGCGGCGCUCUUUGCAUCCUUCUCGUCCAACUUCGGCGUCUCCUUCUGGUUCUCGGCCCCUUCCUCCCUCUUAGCCUCCUACAGAGACGUCGUCGCCAAUUCCUCCACCGAGGAGCUCGUUCUUCCCUCUCUGCCUCCUCCUCGCGCUUCUUCUCCGUCGCUUGCUCCUCUUCUUCCUCCUGCUUCUUUAUCUCAGGACGUGGAUACUUUGAUAGGAUCCCCUGUUCCAACCGCAACCCCUGCUUUCUUUGCUCCUCCUCCUUCUCCGGUCAAAGAUGCCGAUGACUUGGAGGUAUAUGCAGGUGAAUAUGACCCAAAGAUGCCGCCUUUAGAGCCUGAGCCCGCUCUUACUCCAAGCCCCGGUUUUGCCCCUGUUACGACUUCGCUUUCUCCUCCACUGGCACAUCCUCCAAGUCCAGUUGUUAAUUUCGCCGACACCAAGCGUCCUCCACCAACUACCAGUGUGCCUUUUCCUUCCCCAAUAGAGACUUCUAAUGCUGCGGAAGUGAAAGCAAGCAGUGUUUUCUGGAGAGAGACGGACCGGCAGCUUAUGUACGCUAAGAGGGAGAUCGCUAGUGCGCCUACUGGUUUGAUCGACCCUGACCUUCACGCUCCGCUGUUCCUGAAUGUUUCAAUCUUUAAGAGGAGCUAUGAGAUGAUGGAAAGAAUUUUAAAGGUGUACAUCUACAAGGAUGGACCGAAACCUCUUUUCCACACACCAGAGCUUGGAGGCAUUUAUGCUUCCGAAGGAUGGUUUAUGAGAUUAAUGGAGCAAAACAAGCAGUUCGUCGUAAAGGAUCCAGAAAAGGCUCACUUGUUCUAUAUGGCUUAUAGCUCGAGGCAGCUUAGAGCUCAUCUCUAUGUUCCUGAUUCGCAUACUUCAAGACCAUUGUCAAUAUUUCUGAGGGACUACGUGAACAUGAUCUCAGCUAAAUAUCCCUUCUGGAACAGGACAAGAGGAGCAGAUCAUUUUCUUGUUGGUUGCCAUGAUUGGGCAACUUACACGACCAGGAUGCAUGAUGAACUGCGGAAGAACGCGAUCAAAGCUGUAUGCAACGCAGAUGUUUCCGAAGGCAUUUUUAUCCGCGGAAAAGAUGUGUCUCUUCCGGAGACAUACAUCAGAGCUCCCAAGAGGCCUCAGAGAGGCAUCGGAGGAAAACCUGUUUCGAAGAGGUCUAUUCUGGCCUUCUUUGCUGGACACAUGCACGGCCGCGUUAGACCCAUCCUUCUUCGACACUGGAGAGGGAGAGACCGAGACAUGAGGAUAUACGAAGCCCUGCCUCAGGAGAUUGCAAGCAAAAUGUCAUAUGUCGAACAUAUGAAAUCAAGCAAGUUCUGCAUCUGCCCCAUGGGUUACGAGGUGAACAGCCCGAGGAUCGUGGAGGCCAUCUAUUACGAGUGCGUUCCGGUGGUCAUCGCCGACAAUUUCGUGCUGCCAUUCGAACAAGUGCUCGACUGGAGCGCGUUCUCUGUGGUGGUGGCGGAGAAGGACAUACCGAAGUUGAAGGACAUUCUACUCGGAAUCAGCCUCGGAAAAUAUACGACGAUGCAGAUGAAUGUAAAGAAGUUGCAGAAGCAUUUCCUGUGGAAUGUUAAGCCUAGAAAGUACGAUCUGUUUCACAUGAUCUUGCAUUCUAUUUGGUUUAACAGGCUGAAUCAGAUUCAUGUCCGGUGAUAAUAUUCAUUGUAAAUCCUUGAUUAGAUAGAUCAAAUUUUCUGAUGUUGCCAAUCAAUAUAUUCGAUUGCAUGCCACAUCAGCUUUGAAAAUGGCACAAGAAUAAGAUUAUAUAAAGCAUCU